AUGGCUACCACAUAUUAUGACACGCCUGCAGAUCUCGAACAUGGAGAAACCGAUCAGAGGCUAAAUCAUGAUAAGAAAGAGGACGUCCGCGAUCGGUCGCCUGAAGGCCGCGCAGAAGAACCGUUUGGCGACGAGGUAAAUGCGGAGGUGAGAUAUCGCACGAUGGCUUGGUGGCAGUGUGGAAUGAUCAUGGUCGCAGAAACAAUAUCGCUCGGAAUCUUGUCGCUACCAUCAGCAGUUGCAAGCCUCGGCCUAGUACCGGCGAUUAUUCUGAUCCUGGGACUAUCCGCCAUCGCAACAUACACGGGCUACGUCAUCGGCCAGUUUAAGCUACGAUAUCCCCACGUUCACAGCAUGGGAGACGCAGGAGAAAUACUGCUGGGCAAAUUCGGGCGUGAGCUCCUCGGCUCUGCCCAGCUUUUAUUCUUGGUCUUUAUUAUGGGAAGUCACAUACUGACAUUCACUGUCAUGAUGAAUACUCUUACCGACCAUGGGACCUGUUCGAUUGUUUUUGGGGUUGUCGGGCUGGUGGUUUCGUUCAUUGGAGCUGUGCCUCGGACCUUGCAGAAAGUGUCGUGGUUUUCAGUAGUUUCCUUCAUUAGCAUAUUUGCAGCUGUCCUCAUUACAAUGAUCGCCAUUGGCGUUGAGAAGCCGGGAACCGGACAUGUCGACGCCACGGUAAAGACCAACGUGUACCACGGGUUCCUUGCUGUAACCAAUAUAGUCUUUGCAUACGCCGGUCAUGUCGCAUUCUUUGGGUUCAUUUCCGAGAUGAAGAAGCCAACUGACUAUCCCAAAACUCUCUAUAUGCUUCAAUUUACGGACACUGUCAUGUAUCUCGUUGCUGCCGUGGUCAUUUACCGUUAUGCUGGUAAGGAUGUCGCAUCGCCGGCUCUGGGGUCUACAGGACACAUUAUGAGCAAGGUCGCAUACGGCAUUGCUAUUCCAACGAUCGUUAUAGCCGGUGUAAUCAAUGGCCAUGUUGCCUGCAAGUACAUCUAUGUACGCAUCCUUCGUGGCACCGACCAUAUGCACAAGCGCAGCUUCCUGGCCGUCGGCAGCUGGAUCGCAAUCGCCCUUGUUCUGUGGAUUGUUGCAUGGAUUAUUGCCGAAGCUAUCCCAGUCUUCAAUACACUUUUGAGUUUGAUCACUGCGUUAUUCGCUAGUUGGUUUACAUAUGGAUUAAGUGGGAUUUUCUGGCUACAUCUUAACAAAGGUAGAUAUUUCUCAUCGCCCAUGAAGAUCUUCCUUACUAUUCUCAACUUGAUUAUCGUCGGCAUUGGUGGCUGUCUAUGUGGUCUUGGACUGUAUGUUUCUGGGAAAGCUAUUCACGAUAACCCCAGCAAUGCCAGUUUCUCCUGCGCAAAUAAUGCGUCAUAAAUAAGAGGCAUGGUAGUUGCGUGGCCAGCUUCUCGCUUUAAGAAUCUUGAAUGAUUGCGAAUCUGGAAAUGGGAAAUUGAGUUAUAAAUUGGGCUUUAUUCUGAAUGGUUGUUCGUCACUUUCACUGACGUACAAUUGGAUAC